AUGUACUCGGGCGGUGCGACAGGCACGCACACUCCUCGAUCUUCCCAAAACCUGCGACCUCUGAGUCUGACCCAUGGCUCCCUCGAAUACUCCUUUCUGAUUCCGACUGCCCUCCAUUUCCAGGCCUCACAGCUCCAAGACGCUUUCAAAGCCUCCCUACCCGAACCUACAGACGAAUUAGCCCAAGAUGACGAGCCAUCGUCAAAUGCAGAGCUUGUCGCUCGUUUCAUUGGCUUCAUUGCCGCUGAAAUCGAUGAGGACGAGGAAGCUUCUGGCUUUGUCGAAGCGUUGAAAGUCGUCUUGAACGAGUUUGAAAGAUCUUUUAUGCACGCCAAUGAUGUCCAUGCUCUGGCUGCAACUCUCCCAGGGAUUACGGCAAAGAAGUUGGAAGUGGUCAAAUGCUACUAUGCCGGCCGGGCAGCAGUUGCGAGACCCAUCAAACCACACGAAUCAGCUCUUUUCAGAGCUGCAGACGAUGAGGAGGCUAGCAUCUACACAGUUUUCGGCGGCCAAGGCAACAUCGAAGAAUAUUUUGAUGAGCUCCGAGAAGUUUUCACUACAUACCCUUCUUUCACCAAAGACUUGAUCGAGUCUUCGGCAGAGCUACUGCAAAAUCUGGCCAGAAGCCCAAAGGCGGACAAAUUUUAUUCCAAAGGCCUAGAUAUCCUCCGCUGGUUGGAAGACCGGGAAACUCAGCCAGACACUGAUUAUUUGGUUUCUGCGCCCGUCAGCUUGCCUUUGAUCGGUUUGGUUCAACUCGCCCAUUACCAAGUCACCUGUAAAGUCCUCGGCAAGACCCCUAGAGAGGUCAAUGAACAUUUCAAUGGAACCACCGGCCACUCGCAAGGCGUGGUCACUGCCGCCGCCAUUGCUACUGCGACGUCGUGGGACAGUUUUGCAAAAAUCGCACGAGACGCAAUCACAAUGUUGUUCUGGAUAGGCAUGAGGAGCCAACAGGCAUAUCCUCGUACAAGCAUCGCGCCGUCCAUCUUGCAGGAUUCGCUCGAGGCCGGAGAAGGUGUUCCUACACCUAUGCUGUCUGUGCGAGAUCUAUCUCUAAAACAGCUCCAGGAGCACAUUGAUGCUACCAACGAACACCUGCCCACUGAUCGCCACAUUGCCGUCUCCUUGAUCAACAGCGCUCGCAACUUUGUGGUCACUGGAGCUCCUAUAUCUCUCCAUGGGUUGAACCUCCGGUUGCGUAAGGUCAAGGCUCCCACCGGGUUGGACCAAAAUCGCAUACCUUAUACGGAGCGCAAAGUACGCUUUGUCAAUCGAUUCUUGCCAAUCACGUCUCCUUUCCACAGCCCUCUUCUAAGUGAAGCCUCCAAGAACAUUAAGGAAGAUCUCAGCGACAUCAAGAUUCCCGCGUCUCGGUUAACGAUACCGGUGUUCGACACGAAUACCGGCGAGGACCUCCGCGCCCAACAUGAUCAAGACAUCGUUCCAGCUCUUGUUCGUAUGAUCACCCAAGACCCAGUUCACUGGGAACAGGCUACUGUGUUUGAAGGCGCCACGCAUAUUAUCGACUUUGGACCAGGAGGAAUCUCUGGUCUUGGAGUCCUCACCAACCGCAACAAAGAUGGCACCGGCGUCCGCGUCAUUCUGGCAGGUGCGAUGGAUGGCACCAACGCUGAAGUUGGGUACAAGCCGGAGCUCUUCGACCGAGAUGAGGAACAUGCAGUCAAGUACGCGACCAACUGGGUCAAAGAGCAUGGCCCUAAACUAGUCAAGACCUCGGUUGGCCAGACAUAUGUCGAUACAAAGAUGUCACGCUUACUCGGUGUUCCGCCAUUGAUGGUUGCCGGUAUGACUCCCACCACCGUGCCUUGGGAUUUUGUUGCUGCAACCAUGAACGCGGGUUAUCACAUCGAAUUGGCGGGUGGUGGCUACUACAAUGCCGAAAGCAUGACUGAGGCCCUGACGCAAAUCGAAAAGACCAUCCCUCCAGGACGCGGUAUCACUGUCAAUUUGAUCUAUGUUAAUCCUCGUGCCAUGGGCUGGCAGAUCCCUCUGCUGGGCCAGCUCCGCGCGGAUGGCGUUCCUAUUGAGGGCUUGACUAUUGGUGCCGGUGUACCAUCCAUUGACGUCGCUCAGGAAUACAUCGACACCCUAGGGAUCAAGCACAUUGCCUUCAAGCCUGGUUCAAUGGAUGCAAUCCAACAAGUGAUCAACAUCGCAAAGGCUAAUCCAUCAUUCCCCGUCAUUCUACAGUGGACUGGCGGUCGUGGUGGUGGUCAUCACUCGUUUGAGGAUUUCCAUCAACCAAUCCUCCAAAUGUACGGACGUAUCCGAAAAUGCCAGAACAUCAUUCUAGUGGCGGGGAGCGGCUUUGGCGGCUCUGAGGAUACUUAUCCAUAUCUCACUGGUGUUUGGUCUCGCAGAUUCGGAUAUCCCCCGAUGCCAUACGACGGUUGUCUCUUUGGCAGUCGACUGAUGACUGCCAAGGAGUCUCAUACUUCGACAAACGCUAAGAAAGCCAUCGUCGAGGCCCCGGGCCUGGAUGACGGCGAGUGGGAGAAGACCUACAAAGGACCUGCUGGCGGCGUCAUCACUGUGCGAUCUGAGAUGGGCGAGCCAAUCCACAAGCUGGCCACACGAGGUGUUAAAUUCUGGGCCGAGAUGGAUCAGAAGAUCUUUAGUUUGGACAAGAAGAAACGAGUUGCAGAGCUCAAGAAGCAGCGCGACUAUAUCAUCAAGAAACUGAACGAUGACUUCCAGAAGGUUUGGUUUGGCCGAAACUCGGCCGGCGAGACAGUUGACCUCGAAGACAUGACUUACGCCGAAGUGGUUCGCCGCAUGGUUGAGCUCAUGUACGUCAAGCACCAAUCACGGUGGAUCGAUGCCAGUCUUCGCAACCUUACUGUUGACUUUGUUCGCCGCGUCGAGGAGCGCUUUACUGUUGGCUCUGGUAAACCAUCUCUUGUCCAAAGCUACGCCGAACUGGACAAGCCAUUUGCAGUUGUUGAGAAAGUCCUAGCUGCUUACCCUGAGGCCGAGACCCAACUAAUCAGCGCCCAAGAUGUUCAGCAUUUCUUGCUUCUCUGCCAGCGCCGUGGCCAGAAGCCUGUUCCGUUUGUCCCAUCUUUGGACGAGAAUUUUGAAUUCUGGUUCAAAAAGGACUCACUAUGGCAAGCUGAGGAUCUGGACGCCGUGGUAGGCCAGGAUGUCGGCAGAACUUGUAUUUUACAGGGCCCCAUGUCCGCCAAAUAUUCCACAAAGAUUGACGAACCCGUCAAAGACAUUUUGGAUGGAAUCCACAAUGAUCAUAUCAAGGGUCUGAUUAGAGAUGUUUACGGUGGCCGUGAGUCCGCUGUUCCAGUCGUCGAGUACUUUGGCGGCAAGAUUAUCACCUCGCCGGACAGCGUCGUCGAGCUUGAUGGUGUUACUGUUAUCCCAGACGGCUCUCGCAUUACCUACAGACUGUCUCCUUCUCCAUCGGCGACUCUGCCGGAUGUUGAUGCUUGGACUCAACUGCUGGCCGGCAAGACGUAUUCAUGGCGCCACGCUCUCUUCACCACCGACGUUUUCGUUCAGGGCGCGAGAUAUCAAAACAACCCUCUUAGGCGCAUCUUGGCUCCUACCCGGGGCAUGACCGUUGAGAUCGCCCAUCCUAAAGAUCCUUCCAAGACUAGUAUUGUUGUCAAGGAACCCAACCAAUCGGGACAGACAGUCAAGACUCUUGACAUUGGUUUAGUAGGAAAGAGCGAGAUCUUGAUCAACAUGUGGGAAGAAAGGACUGCCGAGGGCGAGGCUGUUCCAUUGCCCUUGAAAUUGCGCUAUCAUCCGGAGACCGGCUAUGCACCCAUCCACGAAGUCAUGGAUGGUCGCAAUGACCGGAUCAAGGAAUUUUAUUACCGAAUCUGGUUCGGUGAGAAGGAUGUGCCGUUCGACAUUCCGACCACCAACACCUUCGAUGGUGGCAAAGCGACAGUCAACGCCCAGGACAUUGCUGAUUUCGUUCAUGCCGUUGGCAACACAGCGGAGGCUUUUGUUGACCGCCCAGGCAAGGAGGUCUUUGCUCCUAUGGACUUCGCCAUUGUCGUGGGAUGGAAGGCCAUCACUAAGCCAAUCUUCCCGCGGUCGAUUGAUGGAGACUUGCUCAAGCUCGUUCAUCUGUCAAACGGCUUCCGCAUGCUUCCUGGAGCUGAGCCGUUGAAGGUCGGUGAUGAGCUUCACACUACCGCUCGAAUCAACGCUGUCAUCAACCAGGACGCUGGUAAGAUGGUCGAGGUUUGCGGCACAAUCACUCGUGGAAGCCAGCCUGUUAUGGAAGUCACCAGCCAGUUCUUAUAUCGGGGGAGCUAUACAGACUACGAGAACACAUUCCAGCGCAAGGAGGAAACUCCCAUGCAGGUCACUCUUGCUACAAGCAAGGACGUGUCUGUUCUCAGAUCCAAGGAGUGGUUCCAUCUUGACGAGCCCGAUAUUGACCUCCUGGGUCAGGUUUUGACUUUCCGUCUGUCGAGUUUGAUUCGUUUCAAGAACAAGUCUGUCUUCCAAAGUGUUGAGACAGUUGGCCAGGUUCUUCUUGAGCUUCCAACGAAGGAAGUGAUCCAAGUCGCUUCCGUGGAAUAUGACGCCGGUGUGUCCCAUGGGAACCCGGUCGUCGAUUACCUACAGCGACAUGGCCAAUCCAUUGAACAGCCUGUCAACUUCGAGAAUCCGAUUCCGCUAAGUGGCAAGACGCCUCUGUCUUUGAAGGCUCCCGCAUCCAACGAGACCUAUGCUCGAGUGUCUGGCGACUACAAUCCAAUCCACGUUUCUCGCAUUUUUGCCAGCUAUGCCAACCUCCCUGGAACCAUCACUCACGGCAUGUACUCCAGUGCUGCGGUUCGAAGCUUAGUCGAGACAUGGGCGGCUGAGAACAACAUUGGUCGUGUCCGAAGCUACCACGUCUCUUUGGUUGGUAUGGUCCUACCCAACGACGAUUUGGAAGUGAAACUUGAACACGUGGGAAUGAUUGGUGGUCGCAAGAUUAUCAAGAUCGAAACCAGCAACAAGGAGACUGGGGACAAGGUUCUCCUAGCAGAAGCUGAGGUUGAACAACCAGUCUCAUCCUACGUAUUCACCGGUCAAGGCUCCCAAGAACAAGGCAUGGGUAUGGAUCUCUACGCUCGCAGUCCUGUGGCCAAAGAAGUCUGGGAUCGUGCUGAUCGUCACUUUUUGGAUAAUUACGGCCUCUCCAUCAUCAACAUUGUUAAGAACAAUCCGAAGGAACUUACCAUUCACUUUGGCGGACCUCGUGGCAAGGCGAUUCGCCAGAAUUAUAUGGCCAUGACGUUUGAAACCGUCAAUGCCGAUGGGUCUAUCAAGUCUGAGAGGAUCUUUAAGGAGAUCAACGAGAACACCACCUCGUACACUUACCGAUCACCUACCGGCCUUCUUUCGGCCACGCAGUUUACUCAGCCCGCUUUGACAUUGAUGGAAAAGGCCAGUUUCGAGGACAUGCGCUCCAAGGGUCUCAUUCAACGAGACAGCAGCUUUGCCGGCCACUCUCUGGGUGAAUACUCUGCUUUGGCUUCCAUUGCUGAAGUUAUGCCUAUUGAGAGUUUGGUGUCGGUUGUGUUCUACCGUGGAUUGACCAUGCAGGUGGCUGUGGAGCGUGAUGAACAAGGCAGAAGCAACUACUCCAUGUGCGCCGUCAAUCCUAGCCGUAUCUCUAAGACGUUCAACGAGCAAGCUCUCCAAUACGUUGUGGAGAACAUUGCCGAAAGUACUGGCUGGCUGAUUGAGAUUGUCAACUACAACGUGGCCAACAUGCAGUACGUAUGUGCAGGCGACCUUCGGGCUUUGGACUGCUUGACCAACGUGCUCAACGUCCUGAAAUUGCAAAAGAUCGACAUACAAGCAUUGAUGCAACAGAUGUCUUUGGACGAUGUCAAGGCGCAUUUGGUGGAGAUUAUCGGUGAAUGCCGCAAGAAGACGGACGCCAAACCCCAGCCCAUCGAGCUCGAAAGAGGCUUUGCGGUAAUUCCCCUCAAGGGCAUUGAUGUGCCUUUCCACAGCACAUUCUUGCGAUCGGGUGUCAAGCCAUUCCGGUCGUUCUUGUUGAAGAAGAUCAACAAAACCAGCAUCGAUCCGGCCAAGUUGGUUGGCAAGUACAUUCCCAACGUGACUGCCAAACCAUUUGAGAUUACCAAGGAAUAUUUCGAGGAGGUCUAUCGCCUGACCAACUCACCCCGGCUGGCGAAGAUCUUGGAGGACUGGGACAAAUAUGAAAACGCCAGCGAAACAGUGGCAAGUCGCCUGUCGUCUACGGUGGCAUAA